AUGUCAACCUCACAAGGAGUCAAUGUGCUCCGAUAUUCGGCUCUUUUUGCUGGCUUAUUCUACGGUUUCUCCCAUCAAAGAACAAUCAGCGCAAACACCGCAGCCGCACAUGCUCAGGCCGAAUACCAACACAAGAUCGAUUUAAUACAGAAAGCAAAGGUCGAAUGGGCUAAGAAGACUAUGCCUUCCUCAUCGAAGACGGACGAUGUUGAUCUUAACGAUAAGAACUUCGACCUAGAUGCAUAUUUGACAAAAUUGGCGGCAGAAAACUAA